AAGAAUCAUGUCUGAAAGCUCAGCAGAUAUGAGUACAAAAAUUGCAUUUGAUAAACUUAAAGAUAUUGAUUUAACGAAUUACUGCCGCAUCUGCAAAUGCAAUGGAAAUGGAGUCAAGCUGCGUCCACUGUUUAAUGGCCGACGUUUAACCCGUAUCAUAGCCAACACCGUACAUAUAGAGAUUAAAGAUAUACCCGGCUUGCCACGUUUUGUUUGUGAAAAAUGUUUGGACUUGUUAAAAACGUUUUCAAUUUUUCAAGUGGAUUUUCGUCGUUCCGAAGAAGAUUUUAAAAUGGCUCUGGAUGCCCGUGAACAUUUUCACAUGGAUUCCCUAAUCGAAUUUGCAAACUCCAUUGAAAUGGAAAAACAAAUGGAGAACGAUCAGAAAAGUGCUGCACUUGUUACCAACUUCAUAAAGAAGACUAAAAAGACUAAGAAAUCAAAAUCAAAACUUGACAGAAAUUGAGCAAUGAGCCCACACAUUUUAUAGUUGUUUAAUUUGAAUUUCAUUAGUUUAAUAUAUUUUAUAUUUUUA